AUGAUGAAUAUAAGCACCGUCCUUGAUGAUAGUAUGAACACAUAUUUUGUAUGUAAAAAUGGUCAAAAUGUGUCAUGGACAUCUGUAUGUGAUGGCCGUAAUCAAUGUACAGAUGGCUCAGAUGAACGUAAUUGCAAUAAUGUUAGUUGUCGAGUAGCAUGCACUACCUAUGGCCGUGUCACUUGUUUAACCUAUCAAAAUACACGUGCUUGCGAACAGUAUAUUCGAGAACGUAGUAAUACUACUUAUUUUGAUAUUAAUUCCGCCGGUGAUUCAUCUAUAGCAACAAAUAGUUUUGAUGCACUUCGAUAUUCAGCUUUUCUAGCCGGCGGUAUUCUAUUAGUUGUUUCUCUUCUUUCAUUAAUUAUUUAUAUUAUUCGUAAAAAUCCUUCUCAAUUAUUAUUCUUAUGUACUAAUAAAUCAUUAAGUCGAAAUUCAAAUCGAAAAUUUACAAAUCGUUUAACAUUAGAAUCAUCGAUUUCACAACAACAUCAUCAACGACAAUCACCUCCUUCAUUAAAUUUAUCUCGUCAACGUUAUACACCAGCACCUGAUAUUAAUGAUUUGCCACCAUCUUAUUAUUCGGAUCGAAAUCCAACAUCAAUAGGUGAUUGUUAUGAACCACCACCUUAUCCUGGUCCACCAUUAUUUUCAUCAGUUCAACGUUCGGAUUCAAUCUAUUACGAGACAAUAAAAACUCCGUCAACAUCAAAUUCAAUGUCUAUGCUACAUCCAAUGCCAUUGCCUGAACCACGUGCUUUUGCAAAUGUUCGAACACAUCGUGUGUGA